AGUGCUUGCGCCUCUUACCGCGUGCAGCAAUUCUUGCUUGCGUGCCGGUACAUUUCUAAAGAAUGAACUAGUGCGCGUUCCCGUGCAGUGCAACUCGGACAAUUCAGUUGUCCACGGCCAGAAUGUCCAGUGCUGGACCGAAGAAUGAAGGCAGGCAGAUAGAAAGAGACAAAGCACUGGUGGAGAGACGAAAGGCAUCGGCCAAGAUGUUGGUCAGCAUGUUCCCAAAGAUUCCCAAGACUGCUACAGUGCUACUAGAGUUCUUCAUAAAGCGCGAGAGCAACACCUCCUUGCAGCGCGACCCCCUGGCUCACUUCUGCCAGGAGGAAGUAGUGCUACACGCCCAGGAGUGCCUGCGCAAGCUCAACAAGCAGGUCAUCCAUUACCAGCAUGUACGCGACAUGAUCGAGAACCUUCAUGCCCUGCACAUAAUGUGCACAAAAAAGAACCCGGAUAAUGCGAAAGCACUGGGCCACACUAUCCGCAAGUUGACUAUUAUCAUCGGCGAAGUGGCCACGUCCCUGGAGAAGAUCGCUGAAGUAUCUGUUACAGACUGGAUAGGAAUCGGUGAUGCUAUAGUGAACAAAUUGGAAAGGAUAUCAUUUCCCGAACAGCCUCCGUUAUCGGCGUUUAUACCGAAGAUUGGAGAGUUUGAGAGCCUGAAGUUGUUGGGAGCUGGCGGCUUUGGUGCGGUGUACUUGGCGAGGUUCAAGCCUGGUAAUUUCACGUAUACCGUGAAACUGGUGGCUACGGACCGGUUUAGCAAGUACAAGCAGGCGGCCAUGGACAAGGUGGUGGCGUCAGUUAUCAGGAACCCGUUUCUGGUCAAGUACUACUGCUGCUUUUGCGUGGAGGAGGCCUAUGUUACCAUCAUGGAGCACAUUCCUGGCGUGGACCUUAUGCGCGUGGUAACUAAGGAACGUUUCUUGGAAAUCGACGCCGUCCAGAUCAUAAUGGCCCAGCUCAUCUUGGCCCUGGAGCAUUUGCACCUGCGAGGAUUUCUACAUCGAGAUAUCAAGGUUUCCAACAUGCUCAUCAUACCUGGAGGCCGUGUGAAAGUUAUCGACUUCGACACCACGAAGAUAUGCAACGCUCACUUUUCAAAGAGGCCGUUGCGGGGCUACUUCAGACGAACCUCGUUCGAGUUCAACGACGGUGAGUCUGCAGGAACGAUCCCUUACAUGGCUCCGGAAAUACUCAAGCGAAGACCUUACGGGCGUGCUGUAGACUGGUGGUCUUCUGGGAUUGUCAUGUAUAAAUUGAUGACCGGCCGCGUCCCAUUCCGAGGGAAGACUAAGCAAACCCUCCGUAACAAUAUCGUCUCUUCUCCGCUCAAGUGGCCCCGACGCGACGAACAUCCGCACUCUGCUACCACACCUGCCAAGGAUAUGGCAUACAGGAUGCUUAAGAAGAAUCCGGUCCAGCGCCUGGGGUCCAAGAGCUACAGCGACCUCAAGACGCAUCAGUUCUUUGACGGCUUCGACUGGAAUCAGUUGUACCGGAGGAAUGAUUUGUGUGACAUUCCCUCCAUCCAGGAACUGAUGAAGGAAGACGCUGAUCGCGAUCUAACAAUAAAUCCCGACUCUGACGACAAACGUGAGCAUCAGCAGAUCGAGGAAAUGACCGACAUCAGCGGCGACAGUCAGAAACCACUGCUUUGCUUUGUUUCUCCGUCUUUCAAGAAACUCAUGACCAUGGUGAAGGUGUACGGGACGCAAGUCAGUGCCUCUAACACAUUCAUCAAGACGAGCAGUGAAGGGUCCUCCGAAGUCGACUACAAUUUUCCCAAGCCAGGUUACUCUGUCAAGGCUAGUGCGCGUGGACACAGCGCCCACUAACCACAAGCUAUUGUUUCCUGGGGACAUCGUGACGCAAGCGGACGGAACGCGGCUCUACAGUGACAGCGUCCAGAACGUCCUUCAGGUCAUCCACCUUUUCGAGAAGAAUCUCACUCUCAACAUCAUUCUUAUAUCCCCACUCUGGCAGAACCGCAUCCUCCUUAGAAAGCUGCGGGAGACAGCAUUGUCUGUUGCUCUUCUCCCCAGCAAGUCUACUCCCGCUGAAAUUGAAAAGGAGCUUGAAGAAAUGAGUCAAAAAUAGUACACAAACAAUGAACACGUAAUUAUGAACUAUUAAGAAAUUA